GUGUUCCGACAGCGCGGGAAGGAGCAGAAAGCGUCCGAGCGCACAGCGCCGUGUUCCGCACGCAGCCGGGCCGUGGGGCUCCCGCUUGGGAGUUUCAGUGCGAGCUCGGGCCGAGUUUUCCUCGACUCUUUGUGAUCGUGGCAGCAGCGAGGAGAGGCUGUUUUUGGUUGUGAAGGAUGGCUGGAAGUGACGCCGUAGCUAAGGAGGGCAGGCAGUAGCAGGUGGUGGUGGAACGGACCAGAUCGGCGAGAUCUUGCUGCUGGAUUCUCUUAAUCUUUCAUUAACAGCGUAAGAAGAGGGAGUCAGAGCCAGCUGAAUUUCUAGGCGGUGCAAACUUCCAAAGAUCUGCCGGUACAAAACAGUUCAGAAUAUGCACCCCAAGUAGAUAGAUGACUUCCAAGGUUAUUUCAUGGUUAUUCACUAAUAGCAACAUCAGUUCCCUAACUGGUGAGCCUAUGGUUCCAUCCCGCUCAGAGCUUGUUAGACGAUGGAGAUGCUGAGGUUUUCCAAAUAACAACAGCAUACCACACAUCAGAAGUUUUUCCAUGCGUUUUUCUCCCAGUCUGGAGGCUGAUCUUAUUCCUGUUGACGGUGAUACUGAAAAUGACUUGGAAGUUGGAUCAGGAGCCACCAAUCAGACUGCAUCAUUCCUACCUGAACGACGAAUGAUGUCAGUUCAAACAGCAAGAUACCUCACUAGUCCAUGGCUGACUCGUUUUGUUCCUUCAGUUUACACCCUAGUGCUUGUGCUGAGCCUCCCUCUGAACAUUACAGCGAUACUAGUGUUUCUGAAAAAGAUGAAAAUCGAAAAGCCAGCUGUAAUAUACAUGCUGAAUUUGGCCUUUGCAGAUAUUCUCUUUGUAAGUGUGCUUCCGUUUAAGAUUGUUUAUCACUUUUCUGGAAACGACUGGGUUUUUGGACCUCAGAUGUGCCGUUUCAUCACUGCUGCCUUCUUCUGCAACAUGUACUGCUCAAUAAUGCUUAUGACGAGCAUAAGCGUCGAUCGCUUCCUAGCAGUGGUGUACCCCAUGCAGUCCCUGGGGUGGCGUACACUAACUCGUGCUUCACUGGUUUGUUUCAUCAUAUGGCUUGUAGCAAUAACCGGGGUUAUACCUUUUUUCCUACGAGAGCAAACAAUGGAAAUACCCAGGUUAAAUAUAACUACGUGCCACGAUGUGCUGAGAGAAUCCGAACUUCGCGGCUAUUACCUCCACUUCUUCUCUGUCUUCUCUUCUGUGUUUUUCAUAGUGCCAUUUAUAAUUUCUACUGUCUGUUAUGUGUGUAUCAUUCGCUGUCUCAGUUCUUCCACCAUUGUUGCAAAGCAAAAUAAGAAGACACGUGCCUUGCUCUUGUGUGUGGCUGUUUUUUCUGUUUUCGUUAUUUGCUUUGGACCAACAAAUGUUCUCCUCUUAAUUCAUUAUAUCCAUUUUUCAUAUGACAACAGCUUAGAAUAUCUCUACUUUGCCUAUCUACUCUGUGUUUCUAUCAGCAGCAUUAGCUGCUGCAUUGACCCCUUUAUUUACUACUAUGCUUCUUCUCAGUAUCAGAGACAAUUUUUCAGUCUCUUCAAUUGUAAAAAGACUUUUGAUCCUAACAUUAGUAACAGCAGUGGCCAGUUGAUGUCUACCACUAGUACUAGAAGGGCUACUUUGACUACUAAUGUGAAUAACAGUGUUUACAGGAAACUACUAGCAAUGCAUUGAGAUAAGCUGUCUUCAAAUAGUUUAGUUUUUACACAGUUACAGACAAAAAAAGGACUGUUAUAUCCAAGAAAUGCAAAGCCUUAAACCAGGUUGUUGUAUGAUACAUAGUUUUAUGGAUCCAAUAUAGUAAUACACAACUCAAAUUAAAACUCUGUAUGUGUGUGUGUAUAGAUAUAUAGAUAUAUAUAUAUAAAGAUGUAUGGUAUAUGUAAAUAUGUUAAUGUAGAGGGGAUAAAUAAUUUCUUAAUAAUAGUUGUUGAGUGUUUUUCAAAUAAACUUUUUUUCAGACAAA